AAACGAAGUUGAUUCAACAUAGAUAAAUAUGUACUCUAUAGAGAUGGGAAAAUAUUAUAUACAUAGGAGAAAAUUUGUAGACGACCAUACUUUUAUUUCAGGUAUAUAUGAAUACAAAAAUAAUAGUUUAUAGGCACAUAAAUAUAUGUUAUAUAAUUGGGUGUCUUUUGUAUGUACGUAUGUACGUAAUAUGUAUGUUGUAUGUAUGUAUGAAAAUGCUUAUGUAUGUUUGAAUGUAAAAGUAAUAGCAAUAAUUAUAAUUAUAACUGAAUUUUAGUAACUUCCUAUUGUAUACACAGAUAAAAUAGCACAAGAUGAUUCACGAACGAUUCGAAUCAAUGGAAGCAAGGCAUAAUGUCAUAAAUUGUCAUAGUAAAUACAUGUUACGAGUAUCAAUGAUAUAACUGAUUCAUUUGGAAAUGUACUUAACAGUAAUAUCAGUGUAAUUACUUCCAUUGUUAGUCAUUAAUUGUAUUAUGGACUUACUGAGGAUUAUUUUGGUUAUUACAUGUUCACUGAAGAAAAUGAUCAGAAAUAACAAUUGAAUUUUUGUUAAGAAAAAUCACUUAGUUCGUAUUAAAACUGAUUGAACACUGUUUUAUGGGAUCAUUUGUUUACUGAAUGUGUGAAACAUAAAAGAUAAUUAACUUACAAAAGUGAAAAAAGCACACUUCAUACCACUAAGAUAAAAUGCUUGAAGAAUUAAAUAUUGGUGAUUUAAAUGAUGUGCACAAUGAUAAUAAAACAGGAAAAUGGACUUCAUCCAAUGAUCGUAGUAGAUUAUCACGUUAUCGUGAAAGUUAUUGUUCUGAUGUGGAUUUAUUGCCUUCAUUAUGCACAAACGUAACAGUUGAUAUCCAUCAAGAUAAUAUUAAUAAUAGUGAUUUUAUUCACUUAGCUCGGAAAAAUUAUGAGCCAUUAAGAAAUAGUGAUGGAAUUAACACUAAGGCAGUUAACAAUAAUAGCGGCAGUGACGAUAGGAGUGAUGAUGAUUAUAAUGAUGACGAGAAUCUUAUGAGCUGGUUACUGAAACAGUUUAGAGAGAAUGGUUUAGAGUACAAUGACAAUAACUUAAAAAAUGAUGACUUAGAGAAAAUUGAUGCAUUUAAUUAUGUGAAGCGAUUAAAUCACAAAACGUCAACUAUCCCACAUAAUCUACCAAUAGAUGAUUCUAAUUCAUCUAUUUCAAGUUAUCAGGCUACAAUCGAUUCAAAGAAAUCAAAAACACAAAAUGAGCACUCAUUAAAUAAUAAUAAUAAUAAUUUUAAUAAAGAACAAUUUGGGCAUAAACAAUAUCAUCAUUUUCCUCGCAUGUAUCCACCUGUCAGAGAUUCAUCAGUCGAGUCUAGAAAGUUGUGCCAAAGGAAUAAAUCAAACAAUUCAAUAAUGACAACAGCAACAACAACUAACCCGGCUAUAGAAUCAGUGAAUUCAACUAUACUAAAAACAAUAAACAAUACAAAACAUCAGUGUCAACUUAUCAAUAGUUUAUUUCAUCAAAUAACUAAAAAGUUGACUUGUUUACAUGAAUUUGACAAGCAAGUUAUUAAUGAACUUCAAAAUGCUAGCCAAAUCAUAAAUGAUUUACAAAAAACAAUAAAAUUUUCCGAAUCCUCUUUAUUGAAUUCAUUACAUUAUCAAUUAAAUGAACAUUUUUGUCAACCUAAAAUAUUCACAACCGAAUUUUAUAAAACUACAAAUGGUUUUAAAAAGAAAACUGGAAUAAAGGAUUUUUCUAAAAAGAAAAUUUAUAAUUUAGAUGGAAACUUGAAAAGAUCGAUUAUAGAUGAACAACAAUCAUAUCCAGUAUAUAGUCCAGAAUUAGAUUGUCGAUCACCUGCGGAAAAGGAUGACUGGAGAAGUCCUAUCGCAGAGAAAAAUGAACGUCAUUCAAGUCAAAGAAAAUUCACAGAAUCGCCAUGGGGACCAGUAUCAGUUCAACAAGCAAAAAAAUUAACAAAAGAUCUCGAUCAAUGCCCGAAAGUCAUUGGUCAAAACAAUAACAAUCGUAAAAAUAAUCACCUUAUAACAAAUGAUAAUUAUUCGAAAUGGUUAAAAUCUUCGAAAUCUUCAAUGAGUAAUAAUAAUUUAGAUAAAUUGAAUGAAUCUAUUUAUCAAACUAAUGAUGUAACUGAUAAAAAGUCUAAUUUGUCAAAUGAACGAUAUUUUAGCCAAUUAACUUUACCAAUGUAUUCAACGUUUUCCAGUACCAAAUCAAAUACAGUUUAUUUGAAUACAUCUAAAGAAUUUAAUGUUUCAGAGAGUAAUUCAAACAAAUUCACCACAACCAAAGGUAUUCAAUCUUUAUUUAGAUUGCCAUUCAAAAGAAAAGCAAGUACACCUGGACCGAAUAUGCAAUCUGUAGAACAUCCAUUAAAAUCUCAUGGACGUUCAGCUAGUUUAGCUCAACUGAAUACAUCAAGUGAAAAUCCGUCUGUUAUGUCUGUAUCAAAUGAUCAAUUGAAUAAAAGUACUAAUAAAUUAAACGUGCCAUAUAUUAAACCUUUACUACUUAAAGAAUUGUCGAAAAUUUGAAAUUGAGAAACCAAUGAAAUGACCAUAUUUUUAUUAAAAAAUGUUUCAAAAAUCUUAAAAAUUCUUAAUUAAUAAAUUGUGACUUUCUGCUUUAUAUUCUGCGUUCAAUAUAUUUCUUCUAAUAAAUAUUUUGUCCGUAAGAAUAUAAUCAACAAAAUUAUUUUCUAAAGUAAACUAAUGUGCCUAAAA